UUCAGAUGAUUUACCUUUUGAUGAGCGUGGCGGUGGCAACCGUAGUGGCGGCGGAUAACACGGGUUAUUUUUGGCACAUCAGCGAUCUUCACCUAGACCCGAACUAUUGGGAGAGAGAUGGAAGCUGCCGCAAAGGGAAGAGAUCAAAUGAGUUGGGUCAGUUCGGCGACCACUCUUGCGACGCGCCAUGGGCUCUCCUCCAGUCAGCCGUCCAGAUGAUGAACCAGGAGCAUGGUGACAACUUGAUGUUCAUUUUAUGGACGGGAGAUGCGAUCAGCGAGAGCGUUAAAGAUGAAGAAGAGAAGUACGAAGCCCUGAGGAAUGUCACCGAUCUUCUCGCCAGAGGGUUUCCUUCAGACUUUGUGUUCCCCGUCUUAGGGGAAACGGAUCCCGUGAACUACCACAGGUUGUGGGAGUUAUGGAAACAAUGGCUGCCAGACGAAGCAAAACGUUCUUUUAACGAAGGUGGCUACUAUUGCAUCGAGCAGAAGAAACGCAUGCUGAAGGUGGUUGUCCUCAACACCAAUCUGUGGACGAGAGAGGAUGGAGGAGACCCAGGUGGCCAGUGGGCAUGGCUGGAGGAAGAGCUCCUCAAGGCAGAGGAAAAUCAAAAGACGAUCUACCUAAUGGGGCACAUCGCCCCGGGCUACGACGAAAGGCAAGGAGCCCCCGCAAGGCUGUCCCUAGCUGAGCCCCACAACUCCCGCUACAUCAGCCUCAUCUCCAAGCACGCCCGGAUAAUAACAGGGCAGUUCUUCGGCCAUCUCCACUCAGAUACCUUCAGGAUAGUCUACGGGGCCUCCGGUGAACCAGUUUCGACUCUUUUUUUGGCUCCAUCGCUUACCCCAAAACUUACACCAAGCGGGGCAAACAAUCCAGCCCUGAGGUUGUAUAAAAUAGACUCAGAAAGAGGAGAUGUAUACGAUUACACACAAUAUUAUUUAGACUUGGAUUUAGCGAACACAAGUGGAGAAGAUAAUUGGACUGUUGAAUAUAAUUUUACAAGGUACUACGGCUUAGUCGAAGUGUCUCCUGCAGAACUGAACGAUUUGGCGCAGAUGUUUACUACUGAUGAAGGUGUAAAACUGUUUGGAAGGUAUUGGGUGGCCAACUCCGUAAGUACCUACGACAUGCCGGUGAAGGGUGCUUGGAAGACCGCCCAGUAUUGCGCCAUCACGCAGAUCGACUACAGGCAGUACCACAGCUGCGUGGACCAGCGGACGAGCGCUUUGGCGGCGUCGAGGGAAGCCGUCAGCGGUGGCUCAUCCAGCCUCUCCGCUGGAUUCCUCACUGCCAUCCUCAUCGCUGCGCUCCUCGCUAGGUGAUGGGCCUCUGCGGGGAUAUGAAGCGUCCUUGGUAAAGUGGGACCUCUGCGGUGUCCUUUUUCAACACUCUUUUCCAAAUUAUUUUAACGUAACCCUGGCAAAUAUUCGUCUAUGUUCGGGAAGCACUGGAGAUUGGCUAAGUGUUUGGGGCAGAAGGACAGACGGUAACCUGGGACGGGAUGAUUCUGUAGAUAAAACAGUGAUUCCAACUUUCAUUCAUUAAGAUGUUGGAAUUAAUCAUACUAAGAUAUUUAUGUAUAGACAAAUUUGGUAAUAUUAAUGAAGCUCUUGUCCACGAUACUAUCCCACCUGUGCUGACAUUUCAUAAAUCUAGAACUGCUACCGAUUUAUUUUAUUUUUUUUUUUUAUCUCACUCUCACAUUUUAAA